AUGAGUCUGGAUCCGCUCAAAUCGGUAAUUUCCAUCGGGAAUGUGGACGACACGUCGCUGGCUCUGCCGUCUGUAACGAAGUGCAGAUCAGGACAGCAGAGAGUCCUGGAGCAAGUGCAGAGUAUCAAGAGGACCAAAUCCAGACAUUCCAGCAGCAGCAGGACUGGAUCCACUUCUUUAUCUCCAACAAGUCCUUUGUCUGACUACGUGUUUGCAGAUAUUUUCAAGUCAAGCACCCCCAAUGGAAGCGUCUUCUUGGGAAAUGGCUUUUCAAAAACUCUCAGCCAAGAGAAAAACAAUAACUGGCAUAAAAUCAGCAUCUCCAAGGGAUCCACUGUGAAGAGGAGCACAGCAGCCUCAGCCAAUCAUUAUGAGCGGAGUUACGCCCCCGUCAUCUCCAUGGUGGCUGGUAAAAUCGACACCAGCCGCAGUGAGCCUGAUCUGGCCCGGCAGUUCUCAGUGCCAAAGCGCUCUGCUCCUCCGCAGAGGCUGCUUUCCAACAAAAGCACCUACAGGACAGAGAAGAGCAGCAGUCAGUUUAUAACAAGCUCCUUGCCCCAGACUGCGAAUUUCACAGGUCCGACCAAGGCUAACAAACAGUUUGUGGCCAGCCAAAUUAACACGUUGUCCAAAGCACCUUCAAAGCCUGUGGUCACUGAGUCUGCACCCAAGGGCAAAACAGACUCUGGGUCAAAUGGGAACAGUGGAGUCGCUGAUAUCACCAUGAAAGAGGCUGUGGAGUAUCUUUCUAAUGACGAUGAGACUUAUAAGCACUGCGGUGCCUCCUACAUCCAGCACAAUGCUUUCAUUGAUGAGAAGGCCAAAGAAGAGGUGUUAAGGCUCAAGGGGAUUCCUCUCCUGGUUGGUCUGCUGAGCAGUCCCAGUUUAAGUGUCAGCCAGACAGCCUCGGCCGCCCUCCGCAACCUGUCCUUUAAAAACAGCAACAAUAAGGAUGCGAUACAACGCUGCGGCGGCAUCACGGAGGCUGCAGCUCUGCUACGUGAUACCAACUCUGUAGAGAUACAGAAACAGCUGACAGGUCUCCUGUGGAAUUUGUCCUCCGCAGACAGCCUGAAGCCAGACCUGCUGAAGAGUGCUCUGCCUGUCUUAAUGGAGCGUGUGAUCCUGCCUUACACAACAAGUUCUAACCGGACCAUCAGUAACAGCCGAGACCCUGAGGUCUUCUUUCACACCACAGAAUGUCUGCGAAACCUGAGCAGUGCAAAGCAAAGCAACAGGCAGGCGAUGAGAAAAUGUCGAGGUUUGGUUGACUCUUUAGUCAGCUAUGUGAAGGACUGCGUGGAAGCAGGCAAACCAGAUGAUAAGUCCGUUGAAAACUGUGUGUGCAUCCUGCACAACCUGACAUUCCAACUGGAGGCUGAGGCUCCGGCUCUGUUCAGCAGGAUCACAGCUUUGGCCCAGCCUGCCAACAGGAACCAGAAUCAAGACGAGACCGGCCCCAUCGGCUGCUUCAGUCCACAGAGCAAAACGUCAGAACACGAGCACCACUUUGACUUCCCUGUCGUUGAGGAUCCACAGCCUAACGGGGCAGGCUGGCUGAUCCACUCCAAAACUCUGCAGAGUUACCUGGCUUUACUGGGCUCUAGCCAGCAAGAGGAAAUACAGGAAGCCUGUACUGGAACACUGCAGAACCUCACUGCACAUGAAGGCAUUGUAUCCAGUGUAAUGAGUCAGACCAUUGUGCAGAAAUUGAAUGGCUUACAGGUUAUCAGUCCCCUGUUAAAGUCAAACAAAGUCAACUUGCAGAGAAACACAGUGGCUUUGGUGCGAAACCUGACCCAGAACCCAAACCUGCACAGUGCCAUCGCACGUAGAGUCCUCCCAGACCUGCUGGGAAUCGUCAGCGUAGGCACAAAACAGGGGAACGAAUCUGAUGACACUCUGGCCAUGGCCUGCCAGACUGCCAACUGUCUGCUCAUAAAGGAACCUGAGUUGGGCAGGCGCCUGCUAAACAAUAACCUGAUAAACUCACUGAAAGAUCUCAGCAAGAACAGAUACUUCCCCAAAGCCAGCAAGGCCGCAUCACUGCUUCUCUACAACCUCUGGUCAGAUAAAGAUACACAGAGCUUCCUGAAAAAGCAAGGAAUGAGCAAGUCCUCAUUUGUGAAUGAUAUCACCACGGCCGUGCACAAGUCGGCUCAAGUCAUCUAUUAAUUUGACUGCUUAAAUGGAUCUCUAAAAGGUCAUUUACAGAAGUAACCAAACUGCAAGUCUACUGCACACCUAUGGACGUAAACAC